AUGGGUCUGCAUGGAGGGGCCGCCCGUGUCUCCCCGCCAUUAAAGAAGCAGAGAGGAACGAGGAGAGAGAGAGAGAGAGUGAGAGAGAGAGAGAGAGAGAAUCCUAGGGGAUUCUGA